AUGCUGGGGGCCCGGGCCCGGGCCUGGGGCGGAUGGCGGGUCCUCCGGCGCUGCGUCUCUCUGCCGCGGGCGGUGCGGCUGCGUGUACGCGAAGCGCUGGGGGCGCGGGAGCCGGCGGACGCGGUCAGAGUGCAGGGCUGGGUCCAUUCUGUCCGAUCCCAGAAGGAAGUUUUGUUCCUGCACAUAAACGAUGGAAGUUCUCUGGAACACCUCCAGGUGGUUGCUAAUCCCAGCUUGGAAAAUAGAGAGCUGACUUUUGGAAGUGCAGUGGAAGUGCAAGGGAAGCUGGUCAAAAGUCCUCAUAGGAAGCAAAAUAUGGAGCUGCAAGCUGAAACCAUCCGUGUGGUGGGACCUUGUGAUAUUUGGUCGUUUCCCCUGAAAAUGAAGGAGAGGCACCCGCUGGAGUAUGUCCGACAGUUCCCUCACCUGCGAUGCAGGAACAACACACUGGGUUCCCUCUUGAGAAUCCGCAGUGAAGCCACUGCAGCCAUCCACUCCUUCUUCCAGGAUAAUGGCUACGUGCAUAUUCAUACUCCCAUAAUUACAUCCAAUGACUGUGAAGGUGCUGGGGAACUCUUUCAAAUUGAGGCAUCAAGUGAGGUAAUACAAUCUGCGGAAAAGACCCAUUUCUUCAAUGUGCCUGCCUUCCUGACGGUUUCUGGCCAGCUCCAUCUGGAAGUGAUGGCAGGGGCUUUUACCCACGUGUUCACCUUUGGUCCGACGUUCCGAGCAGAAAACUCACAGAGUCGUCGGCACCUGGCAGAGUUCUACAUGGUGGAGGCUGAGCUAUCCUUCACUGAAAGCCUACAGGACAUCAUGCAGGUUAUGGAAGAUCUUUUCAAGACAGUAACAAGCACUGUGCUCUCCAAAUGUCCUUGUGAUGUUGAACUUUUUCAUAAAUAUGUAGCUCCUGCACAGAAGACCAAGGACAGGUUGGAACAAAUACUGAAGAACAAAUUUGUGACAAUUUCAUACAGUGAAGCAGUGGAAAUUUUGAAGCAAGCUUCUCAAACUUUCACUUUCAAGCCAGAGGGAUUUUGUUGGGUCUCUUGCCAUGGGCAAGAUGCUCAAAGGCAGGUUCCCAGGUCCCCUUUGCUGUCUUUGCAGUGGGGCUGUGACCUCCAAACAGAACAUGAAAAGUACCUAGUGAAGCACUGUGGUGAGGUUCCUGUGUUUGUGAUUAACUACCCAUAUGACCUCAAGCCUUUCUACAUGCGGGACAAUGAAGAUGGACCUCAACACACAGUUGCAGCUGUUGAUCUCCUCGUACCAGGAAUAGGGGAGUUGUGUGGAGGCAGCUUGAGAGAAGAGCGACUGCCCUUCCUUGAAUCACGCUUACAGAGAUUAGGACUCACAGAUGCCUACCAAUGGUACCUAGACCUCCGAAAAUUCGGCUCAGUUCCUCAUGGAGGCUUCGGAAUGGGGUUUGAACGCUACCUGCAGUACAUCUUGGGAGUUGACAAUAUCAAAGAUGUUAUUCCUUUCCCCAGGUUCUCUCACUCCUGUCUCCUGUAGCUCAGCAGUUGACUCACAUGGAGAAAACUGCUGGUGUGACUAUCCAUAUAUAACAUACUAGGAUAUGACUGUGUUUUAGUGUGAAAUCAAGAUAAUUUUUAUAUCAGUGAAACUCUUGGUAAAUUUCAUACUGGCCUGUUGAAAAUAAUAUAUGUUCUGAUGAGAUUAUGGAAGCACACUGGCAGUUAAUUUGACAGCAGCUCGUGUCUUCAGUGCACUUCAGGAGUAUUAGUAAAUCCCACUUAACUAAAGGGUUAAGAUUCUCAUGAGACUAGUACAGGCCAUGGAGGUACUAAAUAAGCAUUGUUGGGAGGUAGCGGGGGUUAUGUGAAAUAUUAAUAAGGAGAUGUGACCUAAAAAUAUUGUCAUGGCAGCAAUACACUUGCUGUUACAAGAUGGCUACUGUAAAGCAUGAUUCUCCCCACUCUGAAUUAAAAGCAAAUAUUGCUUACCUUGGAAAAAUCAACCAAGCCUACCAAGGAACAAUGUCACCUUGAUAUGCUGGAGCAAGUCAGGUGAAUGCUUGAUUUUCUGAAUCAUCAAUAAAGAUGUACUGGGUUGUUUUGUAA